UCCUGUCUCAUUCAUAGAAUACGGUUGCGUAAGGAACCUUGGGAUAUACACUACUGAUAUAGAAAAUUAAAAGAAAUUUCUUUAGUGUACUAGUGCAUUAAUCAUAUUUUUAUUCAAAAAAUAUUGUGACAGUAAAUUAUAAGUGAAAAAUAUACCGUGUGUCCAAAAUAAAAGAAUUUGUGUAAUUUGGAACAGAAUUACUCAAAAAUAUAAAAGUUUGACUAAAAUAAAGACCAUAAUAAAAGUGAUACCUAGUUAAGCGAAGGAAAAACUAUGCCAGGACUAUAUGAAUUGUGUUAGUGCGUAAAAAAUGCCCGGUUUUUCGAGUGAUAAUGCUAAAGAUGCAUCGGAGAGUACGAAGACCACGAGGCCGCAAAGCAGUCAAUGUCAAAGAUUGGGAGAAGCAAGGCGAGCUGUUAGCUGAGUGGAACAAUGAACUUUGCAGUGCGGAAUCCCUACCUGAAGUGGAGAUAAUCAGUCUCUUAGAAGAGCAGAUACCGAAAUAUAGGCUCAGGGCUGAUACUCUUACUAAAUUCGGAGGUUACGAAAAUCAAGACUGGUUUAUACCUUCACCAGCUCUAGAGGUCGACGAGGCCGAUCUAAAGCUAUCACCGGACCAGAUCCGAGAAACUUUGAAUUAUUUUCUUCUAUGUAGUGAUCGCGUGAGCCAAAUGACCAAGACCUACGAUGACAUAGAAGCAGUCACAAGGCUUCUUGAAGAGAAAGAAAAGGAUUUAGAACUGACAGCAAGGAUUGGAAAGGAACUCUUAAUAACAAACAACAAAUUAGAAAAUACAGUUUCAUCUUUGGAAACUGACUUGAAAUCGGCUCACGAAAAGAUCAUACAGCUUAGCCAUGAAAUACAAAAAAAGACGGAACUCAUUCAGAUUCUCACUAACGAUAUGGACGAAUCCUGUUUCGAAGUUGGAAAUACUGGAAAGAUAAAUUUGGAAUUAAUGAAUAAACGGAUAUCUUCUCUGGAGGAAGAAAAUAAGGCGUUAAAACAUGAAUAUUGUUCAUUAGCCUCGACUGCUGACGAUAUUGAAGCACAAGAAGCAAGACUUCUUAAGGAUUUGACAGGACAAUUGACUUGCGCAAAUUCAAGUAUGAAUUACUUAGAAGACGAAAUUGAUAGGCUUAAAGAAGAAAAUAGGGCCCAGCAUGAACAAAUUUUAGCCUUGCAGGCGCAACUUCAGGAUACAGCGGGAAAACUGCACAAGGUUUUAUCGGAAAACGACGAAGUCAAUGGUUUGCUCCAAAUUACAAAAGAAAAUCAAGGAAGUCUUGCAGUCGAAUUAUCAGAAUUUAAAGCGCGAUACUAUGAAGUCGAAGCUCUUUUGCGAGAUGCGCAGGACCAGUUGCGCAAACUUAGGAAAAAACAGAUGCCUGGAGCUAGGAUAUCGCUUUUCUCUUCAUUGGGACAAACGAAUAUGGGAGCUUAUGAUAGUCUGCAGAGCGAAUUGGAAAUGUCAAUGCAUUCUGAUAUGAGUGGAGAUUCUGGUAUCGGAAAUCCAGAUUUAGUGCCUCAAUACAAGAAAGUUUUCGAAACUGUCCGUUGUGCCUCCCAGAACUCCCUCAGCGGCAGCGAUAGCCUUGGCAGCAUGCAUUCUGGCAUGGGAGGUUAUGUCAGUAGCUUAGGUGCUGGUGGUGGACCUAGAAUGAGCUCUAGGAUGCAGUCUGGUACAGAAUUAAGAAGAUCUUCAGGGUCUUUGUAUAGCAAUAGCUCUUUGGGCUAUCCCAGUAUUGAUUCUACGGGUUAUACGGAUUCGGAUUCCAGUCAGACUGAUUCUGAGGAGGGAUAUCCAAGUGGACCGCAAAAAGGCAUCCCCGGUGUACCUGGUGCUACAGAACUGGAAGCUGCUCUUAAAAGACUAACCCCCGGAGAAAUUUUGGCUCGACGGUCCAAUCUUCAACAUGGACCUACAUUUGGAGGUUACGAAGGGGAUAGUUUCCUUCCUUUUGGUUGUCGAACACCAGAUAGCCUUAUGUCGACGGGCUCCGGUUACUACCAUGGUUGGAAGUUACCUGAGAAGCUGCAGAUCGUCAAACCGAUGGAAGGUUCACAAACUUUACAUCAAUGGUCACAAUUGGCUCAACCUACCUUUGGUGGUAUAUUGGAAGAAAGACCAGGUGUUAAAAUAAGAGUGGGUAAAGAACUAGAAGAACUCGGCCUAGAAUCAUACGCUUUAAGUGACUUAGAAGAAGACGAGGAAUACACAAACCCCGGCAAAAUCUUCGACUCUUCAUUUCAUACUUACACCUACACCAAUUGCACUAUUAUGCAUCCUGACGAUGGAACUUCAGUAACAAACAGUCAGAGAGGAAGUCGCGUAGCCUCAGUUUGUUCCAGUAUUCAACCAUCACCACCACAAACCCCGAGACAGAUGAGUAGAAGGAAUUCAUGUUCAACUUUCUCAACAACCCUCGGAUUGGCGAAGAUGUUGAAUGAAAGAGGCAUCAAAGCUGUAACUCCGUCAUGCGUUUCCACUCCGUGUGGGCCUAAUAGCUUUACACCUACAGCCACUCCAAAUAACAGUCCCGACAGUAGUCCUAUGUCUACGAGACCAGGUUCUCCAGAGCCAUAUGAAGAACUAAGUUUACCUCAACUUAUCUUAAGCUCAGUCCCCACCUUCCUCAGAGAUACCAUAGGGGGCGGAGCGAAGAAAAAGGUUCCUGUGGUUAAAAAUAAGAGAAGUAGGGCUGAAAAACAAGAGAGUCUUGUUGGUAGGAUCGAGAGAAUGGGCAUAAAUAAUUUAAUGGGAAAUCCAAGUGCUUUAUACGCUAGGCCAGCUCUGACUAGUCCCAUGGCACAACUGACGUGCCUCCUGCCAAGUCAUAGCACUGAAAAUAUUACACAUAUCGGAAAAAAGGUUGUUGCUGCUAGUUCUAGCGCUUCUGACCCAACAGUUUCACAACGCAAAAGCAGCUUAGGCAUCCCAGGAAAACCUGGUAGCGGUGCUUUAAAUCGUAGACUAGAGCAACUAAAUUCGAGAAAACAACGCAGACAACAACAAGGUGGUUUAACUCGAUCUGACUUGGGUACAGUAUCGAUGUCAAAACCAGAAGAACCCAUAGAACAACACACUUCAACGUUAGGAACGCUCAGUUCCUUAUUGUUUGGAAGAAAGGGAGGUUUAUUCUAAAUUGAAGUUAAAAUUAAGAAACACCGUUUUGAAGGUAUUGUUGAGGUUAUUUGAAUGUGUUUUUUGUAUAAUUUACAGGUAAAAAUUGAACGGCUAUGUAACAAAUCAAAUAUAAAACAGUAAUAACAUUUUUCAAGUCAGUAAAAUUAUAAUUUGGUAGAUUUGUCUUUUCAAAUUUCCUCAACCGUAUUUCAGUAGUAUUGGUUUCUAUAAAAAUUAUUGAGGUUGUUGAACGUUUACAUGUAGGUUGAUAAAAACUUGUUGAGUAGCUUUUGAGAUUAUUUUUUUCGGAAAAAUAGCUAUUUAAGGCACAAGCGAUAUUAUUUUUUUUUUUACUUUUUCGAUUGUGUUGGUAUUUUAUAAUUACACAAAAUUAUGUCUUCCUCGUUUUAUUAAGCGAUAUUAUUUUCAUGAAUCUGAGCUGGGUUGUAUUUAAAUAAUGAAUCUUUUAUUUUGUAUUGGAAUAAAAACAUUUUUCAACUUAAGUCUCCUUUUGACAGUCUUUUAAAAUGUUCGACAGAAUUACCGACUCUUGUAACAUAAAUGAUUCUUUAUUUUAAAUCUUUUAAUAUAUUCGACUGCCAGUUUUACACAGCUUUGGUAGGAAUCACGUUCUGAAGCUUAACUAGUACAUUGGUUCUUAAUUAGUAUUUUAUUUACAAUGAGAACAAUCAUAAAGUGUAGACAUAUUUUUGUGUAAUAUAUAAGGUGAUUUUUUAACAUAAGUUAAUCUUGGUUUAUAAGAAAUGACAGGAGAUAUAAGGUCUGUUAAAUGGAACAAAAGUGCAGACGAAAAGUCAUAAAUGAUUUACCAAUUUCGCUGCAGUUCUUAAAUUAUUUUGGGAAUCACAUAGCUUGUCAUAUUCGUAUUUUGCUUAUAGAACGUUUAUUUUUGAAGUUAUAAAAAAAUGGAGGAUGUAACUUGGAUUUGACCUAUAGUACAGUAUCAUCAAAUUUUGUGUGGGUUGGCAUAGUGCAGACAUAUGGUCAAGAGCGGCUCGAGGCGAAAUUAUCAAAGGGGACCAUUACCAUUCCCUUUUUAGCAUAUUUUUUUAAUAAAAGGCUCAUGGAUUACAAGAAUUUUAAUCUGAGGGGGGCAUCGCCUUCUCUCUGGAAAUGCCCUUGAAUAUCGUGCUUUGACUCGAAUGCAAGAGUUUGUAGGUUUAAAUCCUAUUCAAAACUUUAGUAGUAUAAUUACAUGUACAAGCCACUUUGCGAUAUAAGCAGGUAAAACUAAUAUAUCUGUGUUAAUUACUUUCCACUUUUCCCCCAAAUACAACUAUUUAGUACAUAUUUUGAUUUUAUGUGUUAUCUAUACACAAAAUAUGAGUUUCUCCAUGUAAUUUAAGAAUCGAAAUUGAAGAGGCCAAUGCCUAAAUCAGCCAAGUCCAUUCUGACAAAAUUUUCGGGAUAAAAAAUGUUUCAAGGCCAAAAUAUUUAAUAAUGUUUUUUGUCAGUAUUUCAUUCUAUGCCCAAGCGUUUUCUUUUUUCUUGUUAGACGGCCUUUGUCAAAGUGUUAAAUUAAUGUGCAUAAACCACCCAAGUCCUCUGCUAUAUGUACAGUAUCGAGAGGGUACUCAACCUACUAUAUGUCUCAUAACAAUUAUACAUUCUUAGCAUAUUCUUAGUAUAUACUUAUUAGGAAUAUGCAUAUGCUGAGAAUAUACUUUAUUUGCGUUUAGCACAUUCUCAGAAUAUACUAAGUAUAUGUUACGGGACGUUGUUUAUGCACGUGCUAUGGAGAUACUGAGAAUGUACUUCAAGUAUGUGUACAGUAUCCAAUAAGUACCUACUUUUAUUUGAUAGUAUAUGCUAAGUAUUUAAAUUUAUCAGACACCCUAAUACAAGAUGUUUCAUUAAUAUUGAACAUGAACAAAUAAGUAUGUAAUGAAAAUCGUAACAUUUUUUAAAUCUUUAUUCUCAAAAAUUCAUACUUAUUCUUAUGUUUGUUACAAAUUCUUUCUUUUGCCUUAACCAAUCAAUAUUUUAUUGUAUCGAUGGCUUGAGUUUCAUUUGCUUGAUGUAUUGCAUUGGAUCUUCAUUGAACCUAAAAAAUAAAACAAAUAUCAACAAACUUGGUACAUAUACAAAUUAAGUGUAAGAGUACAUAACUAAUAUUUUAAAUAUUUUUGUAGAACGUAAAACAUUAAAAAUUACAUUCCACUAACAAAAACAAGAGUUGCAUAAAUGAUUAUUAUGUUUAGUGAAAGUUUAAAUAUAUUUUUGUUAAUUACUUAUCAGCAUUUUCUAGUUUUCAUCCCCCUUCAGCUAAUUUUCUAGUUCUUCCAGGUCAAUUUUUCGCCUUACAAGAUUCUUUUCAUAGGAAGUGUGUAUGUAAUCCUGGUAACACUGUAUUUUAGUUUCAAUUCGCCAUUAGUAUUAACCAUAUUAAUAAAUUCACACUGGUAAUUAAUAUUUGGGAUAUCCUGUGUUCUAACAUCACUUUUAGGUCCUAAAUACUAAAAAUAUAGUAAAAUUUGUUUAUUUUUAUAUAUAACGCAUGAUACAAUUGAUUUUUAUUAUAUUAUUUACCUAUUACAAGCUCCAGCAUGAUAAAAAAAUUGUAGGUUAUGUAAUUUUUCUCUUUUAUUAAGGUUGUGAAUGUUUUUUGGCCUGAACACUCAACAUUAGUGCGUUUACUAGCGAUUUACCAGAUCGGCAUCAUAUACAUAGAUAUGUAAAUAAACGUGUUUUCACAUGUAUUUUAUGUAAAUUUUUACCUAUAAGAACGUUCUCAAAAUAUGAGGUACAUGCUGGGUAUAUGACUUUUAGUAUCUAUAAGAAUAUCCUGUUAUAGCACAUGCUCAGUAUAUACUUUUUAGAAUAUACUUUUAAAACACGUACUUAGUAUAUUCUAGAAUAUACUUUCAAAGUAUAUACUAGGUAUGUUCUAAGAACAUUCUAGAAAGGACAUACCAAAAAGAACAUAAACAUAACGUUCUUAGUAUAUUCGUAGAACAUUGAUGUUAUGUGGGUGUCACAUUACACUUAGACAACUCAUUUAUGUACAGGACGAUUCAGAAUUUAAAACUACAACAUAUUAUUAAACUUGACUGAUUUAUCAACUGUACCUUUCAAUUAUGGUCUUACAUUGAUCCUUUAAAUACGCAACUCUUAUUUUAUUUAACCAAACUUCUAUCUCUUACCAUUUCCGAUAUGUCACGAUAAAAAAAUCACCCUCUAUGAAAAAGCAAGUAUUUUUUUGCUCCAUGGGGCAAAUAUAUUAAGAUGUAAUAAUUGGUCAUCUGAAUGAAAAACAAUAAACGAGUUUAAUACGUAUUUUUAAAUUAUAUUUUUUGAAGAAAACGUUUUUACUUUGUUUUUCUUUUUUUAAUAUUGUUAAACUGAAGUAAAUAAUUCAAUAAAGACUUUUAUAAUAAGCAGGUAAAAAUAAAAUGACAUUCAGAAGUAAUAUGUAUGUUGUUCUGUCAAAAACGAUUUAUGAAUAGGCCUUAUAUUCGUUUUUUUUUAAUUAGAUUAUUUUUAGUAACUGAUUUUAUCUCCAUUAAAUAGAUCGUGGAAUUACUUUCUUAAUGAAGAUAAUUAAAUCACCUAAUGCUAAAUAAUUAGUAUUUUUUUUUUAUUUAAACCUUUUUAUUAAACCUAUAAUUUUUUAUGCCAUUUUUUUCUCACAAAAAAACGUUUUUUCACGAUCUAUUGUGAUUGUCUUGAUCUGAUCAUUAUUUAUGUACUUAUUUUAUCCUUUAUAUUUAGGAUAAUGAUAAUCUAUUUGUCUUGUUUCUCAAUCAUUGUUGUCAGUAUACAGUUCAUUAUAAUAAAUUUCCAUAUAAAUUCAAUUAACAUUUUUAAACCCAAAAUAAAAACAAGUCGGACAGAAUACCAUUAUUUUUAAUUUUCUUUGAAAUAUGUCAUUUAAGCACAAAAUAUUACUUUUUUUAUAUUCAAUAAUUAUACCCUGCUUUUUGGUGCUGAUUUAUUAAGUAAUAAUAAUUGAUAUGUGUAAAUAAUAUUUUGUGUACAUAAUUCUAUUAUAACGUAUACAAAAAAAAACAUUGCAUUUUAUCCCUUAUAUACUCGUGUAACUUAUUUAGUAAAUUAAUAUCUUUACUCGUUCAAGUAUUAGGUGGAUUGGUGUAACAUUGAAAUAUUUUUGAAAAACAGUAGUGGAGAAAUGUAUUAAACAGUUCAAUAUGCUGUAAUCUAUAUUUCUUACUUGUCAAUAAACACUCACUUGUCAUGGCAACGGUGUAUCUAAACUAAAGAUUAUGCUGAUCACAUAUUUUAUAAAUUGAACACAACAACACAUUUCACUGUAGGUACGUGAUAUAUUAUUGUAAAACAAAUAUUUCGGAAAUUGAUCUCGGAAGGGGUUGAAAUACUGUUACUUAUAAAUCGUUGUUAAUGAAGAUGGUAAAAAUACUGCUGUAUACCCAAUUAUUCCAUGAUUAUUGAGAUGCAUCUCAUUUUUUUCUUAUUACACUUUUUGAUGUUAUCUGAGAGAUCAAUAUUUAACAAUCCAUCAUAUAGUAUCGCCCAGAGUAUAGGACCUAAGACUAAGCUAUAGUUUACAGUUAUCUAUUUUUAUUAUUAACAAUCUAAUGUAUUUGGGCAUUUUUCGUCUUCUGGUUCAUCCUAUCCUGUUCCAGGAAGCAGUGUCGAACGCGUUUUUUUAUAUCCACAGUAACCAAGGUGUAGUAUCCUCUAGACCUUUAGUAAUUUUUUUGUUCUUUCUGCUAUCUGUACUACUUUGUCUUUUCCUGGUUUCUUGAUUUUCACUAACUGCCAGUUUUCUAUUUGAGUGGAAAUAUUUUUUUUGUAACGAUCUGUAUCUGUAACGUGUGGAGGUUGGAUUACCCCACUGAUACCUUCUAUCAUUUGGUGGAAGUUUUCGGAGGACUAUUAUGGCCAUGUUGUUGAUUUCAGGGGAUAUUUCACUCGGUCCAGGACUUUCUUAUUUUUUGGACUACUAGCUUUACCUCUUCCAUAGUAACCUCUAGGAUUGUCUCAUCUUCGCCUUGUUCAGACACCCAUUUUUUUGCCUUGCUUCGGGAACAAGGUAUCGAUAAUGUCAUUUCUAUUAUCUUCAGGAAUAUUGAGUACUCUUGGUCUGAGUUGUCCCAUCACUAUCUGGGGGCCUUUUCAACUAUUUCAUACAGGUUUUUUUAAGCUGUUCUGUUUCUUUUCUAGCCUGCUUCAAUAAAGCUGCGUUGUGUAGCUCUGGUUCAUUUUGUUGGUUCCCUCGCAUUUUAAGUCUUCUCGGCCUGUUACAUUGCAUUGAGAUCUCAUCCGUUCACCAGUAUUUCGACUGUUUUCUGGCCGUUCCAUUGAUUUUAGACAUGGAAGUGGCACAGGCUCCAUUUAGUGCUUUUAUUAUUUCCUCUUGAUAUGAGUUAUUUGUCAUUCCCAAGUUUGUUUUGUGCUAUUUAUAUGAUCGAAUGUUUUGAGUGAUUUUUUCAACACAUGUACCUUCAGCUUGUGAAGGGUAGGUAUCCUUUCGUGAGAUUUUUUGUUUAAUUUCCAUCCUGCUAUCACUCUAAUCCGUUUGUAGCGGCGGAACUGCAGCCUGCGGCUUAUUCUACCAUAAUUUGAGGGUCCUACUUUCCCAUUCACUGCACUUAGUCACUGCCAUUAAUUAUAUGUCUUCGAUGGAUAACGUUAAGUCGCUAAUCCCAUAGUGGAACGUCCCAGUCGUCACUCAUCGACAACGUGGCCGGAAAGCUUACUGCUUAGCCAUUGCGAGAACAUGGAUACACACUAAUAUCGCGUCUUCGGCUUACAUAGUCCUCCAUUAUUUCUUUAUCAGAAUCUGAACUACAACUCUUAUUUAAUAUCCGAAUCAGAUCUAUUAGUAAAUAAGAUAGUUACUUGACAUUACAGUCAUUCUGGGAUGCUGUCAAUCACUUGACACGUCGUUAUAUCAAUUAUACUGUAAAGUGUGGACGAUAUUCAACUUUCAUCCGAUAUUAAAAAUAUUUUAAUAGAUUUAACAAGCGAAAAACAUUCCUAAAUGAAAAAAUGAAUGGAGAUGCUGUGUUUAAUAAUAGUGAUUUUGAAUUAUUUUUUAAAGGUUGCUUUUUCAAUACAUUCGCAUAAUUAUUAAGCAUAUCUAACAGCAGAGUUAGUUCUUUGAUGUCAAAUAACUGUCACUUUUGUGAUCUUUGUCCUAAAUAAUUAUCACAUAAAGAAGAAUUAAAAUGUAGUGUACCAGCAUUACAAAAUUUUCUGUUGAAUAAUAAAUUAUAUAUUAAAGAAUUCAUAUUUCAUGAAUUAAUUAUUUUUUGUCAAAAUAUUAGUUUAUUGUGUUUUAAUAAUAGAUUGCAUGGAUGAGAUAUUGAUUGCAGCAAGUGAGCACAAAUAAAAAGACAAAGACUAUUUAAAAAAUUGGUUUAAAUAUCAGAAAACCAUUGGCUGUACCAUCCGAAAACUAAAGUAAAUGAAUUUUUAGAAUAAUUAUCCCCUACUACAUAAUGAAAAUUAUUUGGGAACCCCAAAGUAAAAACAAUUUAUUGAAAAUUUUUAAAAAUAUAUCCCUCCACAGAAUUUUUUUAAAUUUGUUCCGAAACACAAUUUUUUUAAAUUUUUCACUUUGGGGUCUCUAAAAUAAUCAUUAUUUCGUAAAGGUAAUUUUGAAAUUUAUUUAGCAAAAUCCAAAAAUUAAUUCACUAUAUAUUUGUCUGUGAUGUCAAAAAUAUUUCAUUGUACAAAUGCAAAAAGUGAUAUACAGGGAUCCUGUAAAAAGGAUUAGGCAAAUAUUUUUAAAUAUUGUAAAAAGUAUUUAUUUUGCUUAGUCAUAAGAUAACUAUUAGGUUUUCUAGCCGUAUAAUGUUAAAUGUGUAUAUAUUUUUGCUUCAAGUAUUUGAUUUAGUGAAAUAUUGUUUGAAGACUAUCGAUAGUUUUGUUGCAAGUUAAAUAAAUAUACAAAUCCUG